AUGUCGAGUAUUAUCGAGGCAUCCUCUACCUUGAGGAAAAGAAAGCAUUUGAAGCGUGGGAUCACGUUUACGUUGAUGGUUGUUGGCCAAUCUGGGAGCGGAAGAUCGACCUUUAUCAAUACGCUAUGUGGCCAGCAGGUCGUAGAUGUAUCUACGACAAUAAUGCUGCCUACUGAUACUUCUACUGAGAUUGAUUUGCAAUUGAGGGAAGAAACGGUUGAGUUGGAGGACGAUGAAGGUGUGAAGAUUCAAUUGAAUAUUAUUGAUACACCGGGAUUUGGUGACUCAUUGGACAACAGUAUGUCAUUUGAAGUGAUCUCUGACUAUGUUCGUCAUCAAUAUGAUGAGAUUCUGCUGGAAGAGAGCCGUGUGAGAAGAAAUCCGAGGUUCAAGGAUGGUAGAGUGCACUGUUGUUUGUAUUUGAUCAACCCAACUGGACAUGGUCUCAAAGAAGUGGACGUCGAGUUUAUGAGAAAGCUGGGUUCGAUUGUAAAUGUGAUUCCAGUGAUCAGUAAAGCCGACUCGCUCACUCCCGAAGAGUUGAAACUGAACAAAAAGUUAAUCAUGGAAGAUGUAGACAGAUUCAAUUUGCCAAUCUACAACUUCCCAUUUGACGAAGAAGAUAUCUCAGAAGAGGAUUAUCAAACGAACACAUACCUGCGUUCUCUAUUGCCAUUCUCUGUGAUCGGGUCGAACGAUGCGGAGAACGUCGGCGAUGGUGUCAUUAUUCGUGGCAGAAAAUACCAUUGGGGAACAUUAGAUGUUGAAGAUUCUUCCGUCUCUGAUUUCGUCGUUUUGAGAAACACAUUACUCAUUUCACAUUUGCAUGAUUUAAAGGAUUACACACACGAGAUUCUCUAUGAGAGGUAUAGAACCGAAGCACUUUCAGGUGAGUCAGUUCCCUUCGCCAGAUCUACUGCCAACGCUGGUGCAGACAUGAACUAUGUUGCAUCACCAGCUCUCUCUACGCCAAGUAAAUCUAUCCAUUCGAACGCAGACCAAGCACAAUCGAAUCCACCUCAGGACACUUAUUUGGCCAGAGAAGAACAGAUAAGGUUGGAAGAAGAGAGACUAAGGGCAUUUGAGGAAAGAGUGCAACAGGAGUUGAUAUUCAAGAGAAAAGAAUUGUUAGAAAGGGAGAAAGAGCUAAGAGAGAUCGAGGAACGGUUGGAGAAAGAAGCACAGCUCAAACAGGAAUCGGAGGCAUAG